AUGGCGAUGGUUAUUCGGGUGGCAUCUUUCACACGACCUCUCAUGAUGCUGUACAGAACGUAUAGCGCUGUUCCUACUGUUCCUGCUGUUCCUGCUGAUCUGAAGUCUGUCGUGUCCAGCCUCACCUCCGAACGGAAACAUGUGCCGCACUGGUACCUGUAUGACACACGGGGGUCUGAAAUCUACGAAGAAAUAGUUCGUGCUUCUUCGACCUACCAACUUUGGAAUCAUGAAUACACCUUGCUUCAGACGCAUAUUAAAGACAUCGUUGGUAACAUGCCCUCUUCCACAAUGCUGGUUGAGCUGGGAAGUGGUGCUUCUUCCAAAACCCGUCCGGUUAUAGAGGCCCUGCUUGAACGACAAGGAGAAUUGACGUAUGUGCCCGUGGACAUAGCGACAGACUACAUUCGGGAAGUCUCGCGAGAACUGGAGCGAGAGUACAACGCCCUAACGGUGGAGCCCUUUGGGGGCCUGUACAUGGACGGAUUACGUCAUCUUGGUGGUCGCCCGGAGCCCAAACUUCUCCUGUUCCUCGGCAGCAGUUUUGGAAACGUCCAGAUUGACGAGCAGCUUCCCAUGAUGAAGGAAAUAAGGGCACGUCUCAAAGUCCAGGACCGCUUCUUACUGGGGCUGGACAUGAACACUGAUCGCGAGGCCGUCAUCAGGGCUUACCGGGCAGAGUUUACACGAUGCCCAUGGCUGGAUAACUUCAUCGAUCACCUGAACAAGGACUUUGAGGCAGACAUGAACAAGAUGACGUUUGAAGACACCGUGGAUUUUGUGGAGAAUCCUGCUGACGGGGACACGCCCAGUUAUGUUCAGCAAUAUCUCAGAAGUUCUACAAAACAACGUGUGCAGCUGAGAAAGCUUGGUGUUACCAUAGAUUUCCUGGCUGGCGAGAGGCUGUACCUGUCAGAAGGUCAGAACUACAGCUGUAAAUACAGCGAGCAUCAGGUGCGCCGUCUGGCGGAGAAAAGCAACUUUGCAGUUGAGGGCUUCUGGGUCAACGAAGAAGCAAAAUACUGUGUGCCAUCGCAACCACUCAUGCUUGAAGGGCAGGUUCUAGAAACAGUAGGGUCCACCGAAGUCGUGGGGGUGACUGUUCAAAACGACCUAAGAUGGAACCUUCAUGUUAGCAACAUGAUCUCCAGUGCAAACAGAAAACUCUAUCUACUGCGCAGACUGAAGCGCUUCGGUGUUACUGACUUGACAACAGUCUUUACGGCGUACAUCCACCGGGCACUGGAGUACGCUACUCCUGUGUGGCACGCGUCCCUCACAGCGAAACAGUCCGCAAGCCUGGAGCGUAUUCAGAAAAGGGCAUGCAAGAUCAUUCUUGGAUCCUGUUACACCAGCUAUGAGACAGCCAUAGAGACCUUGAACCUCUGCACAUUGACAGAUAAACGGGUCAGCAUCUGUCAUUCGCCACAUCUCUGUUCAACUCCGAGUUCCGGGACUGGCUACCUCCCCUCCGCCUGGACAUCUCUGAGCGACGCACCCGUAAUUCUCUCAAGAUCAAUACCCCGUUCUGCCGAACUCACCAAUUCCUUAUCUGGUUGA